AUUGAUUGCUGUAGUCUGUAGUUAGUACUCAAUGCACGGCCACACGCGAACCAUGUCUGUUGUUACUCUCGCGAAAAUGAAGUUUAUAAUUGUCUUGAUUUGUGUUAUAGUUGGCACAUACGGUAAAACCACUGAAAAACCUAAACCUAAACCACAUCACUCCAAUAAAACCUGUGAGGGAGUACAUGUGCACGGAAAACUGCACAAGAGACAUGUCAUCAUGAACGGAAUCAACCGGCCAUACCAACUGGCCAUAUACAACCACGAACAUCAAAUAUUCUUCAGCUUCAAUAAGGGAGAUGACACUCAGGACACGUUCGGGAUUGCUUACGUGAAGAUAAACGACACGAUGCCUACUGAGAUAAAUGGAAUAACAAACGGUUUCGCCGUCGUCGUCGACGAACAUAACAAAACCGCGUAUUUCGGAGGCAAUGAAGGCAUCUACGCUGACCAUCUCGAGAAACAGGGAAACUUGAAGCACAUUGUCAAGAAUCAUGACAUUUGGGAUUUGCAAUAUUUUGACCACCACUUGUACUUCAUACAGUACCCAUCACAACGCCUACACAAAUACGACUUCAAAGCGAAAAAUGUCUCACUUCACCAACAUAUUCACGAGAAAAUAUACCAAUUCGCGAUUGAUGGAGAAGGCGACACGUUCAUAACGACCAAGGAUGGAUUGUUUGAGAUAAAAAAAGGGAAACACGAGCGCAUCCCAUACCAAGGGCCGAAAGAGUUCAGGGCCAUUGAAGUGAACCACAAAGGUGUCGCACACUUCUGCGCUAAAAGUGCCAUCUACGUAGCGCACAAGGAGAACCACACGUUGACCGAAAUAGCCAGCAUCAAGAAUAUAUUCGGACUAACAUUCGACAGUUCGGACAAUAUGAUUUAUUCCAACCCCCAUGAAAUUGUGAAACUUUUACCGCACGAUUGUAAGUAAAAAAGUACCUAAUACACGAAGUAUUUGUAAGUCAUAGUCAUACAUUUGUACCUUUUAACUUUAUCUACCUUUCAUUCUCUUAAUAUGUAAUAUGACUAAGCUAUGUGUUCUUAGAUAUUUCUUUAAUACAAUUAAUAUUAGCUAAUAUAUGGUUUUAUAGUCUCUUCUCACUUCUACAUUCCAGUUACUCAAAGAGUAACACCAUGUAAUCCACACGUUUACAUAGUAGUUUUAAAACCCCUAGCAACCUCAUCAGAAUUUCACUAUUGUUACUCCACAACAAAAUGCACAGGGUACCAGGAUGGCAGUGUAUUGAAGAGAUAUCACUCGUACAACAUUGUAAGUACAUCAAUAGAAAAGGACAAUUAAUUUUGUCUCGCUCCCACAAUAAAAGGGUCGCACCCUCUGUGAUUUUCCCCCAACCCUCUGUACACGCGGACCAAUCCUUACUUUGCCCGGGUAAACACAAAACGCUUAAAAUAUUUUGGGCGAACUUUUAAAAUUAAUAUAAGCAAAAAACAUUAAUGUUGUAUACAAUAUAGGUACAAGAUUUCUUGUUGUGUAGCCUAUUUCUAGCCUAUUUUAUUUUUAUUUGAAGUUAGUACUGAAAUUAAGUUAAACAAUUUUACCAGCAAAAUAUAUACCGAAAACUAAAACCAAUAUCUUGUAACCUUAUGCCAGCCUGGUGUUGUGGACGUCGUAUCUAUUGAACAGUCACCGAUAACAAUACCAAUUUUAACGCGGGUUGUUGAAACGCGUGUUAUCGAUAAAAUAUGAUUUUGUUACCUUUCUUACUAUUAAAAUCAUAUAAAUAAACGUAACGUUUAUAUGAUUGUAAAUGUGUAAAUAUCGUCUGAAAAUCGAUUGUAUUUAUAUUUAGAAGAUAUAUUAACAUUAUUAAUAGGAUAGAAACAAUUAUUUUUUUUAUUUAUUCAUACUUGUGAUAUUUAUCGAAUUCAUUCCGAACUAAAUAAAUCAAAUGAAGUCAGUUAAUUAAAUGUAAAUUGGGGACGUCCUGUGAAAACACAAAAACAUCAUGUGAAUUCAGUGGUAAUGUCUACGUCCAACUUUUACUUUCCGAUAUCUUCAUACAAAAGUUUAUACAAGUAAAUCUGCUUGGAACUUAUGUUAUCCGGGUACGAGUAGGUCCGGGAUUGGUCGUGGAAAACCAAUGUUGGCCAUUGGCGUCGCGGCGCUGCGGGGACUUUUCUUCAACUGUACGAAAAUGAGGGUUGUUUCCGAAAGCAUUUUUAGAUUUUCCGGAUUACACAAGUGGACAGUGGUCAGGCUGAGUCGCAAAAUCUCCAUGACAACGUCGCGAAAUCGUCAGCAGAGGUCGUUUGUACUAAGGAAGCAUAAGCCGUAGGCGGUCGUGUUUCGAUCAAGUAUUGCGAAUGUCGGAGCUUCGCGAAAGGGAACUCCACAAACAUUCUGCUACCCCUGUGGGCGGCGCAAUUCGUAAAAUAUUUUUGCCAUUGAAUUUCCGCCAGGGGCCAGAUAAUGUUAAAGAGAAUAAGCAUGCAACAAAAAUAAUACAAAAAAAUUAUAUAUAUUUAAAUUUAAUAUUUUGAAUUGUAUUUGGUUAAAUUGGUAUGAAUUAAAACUAUAAAAUCUUACAUAAUUAAUUUUUAAAACCCAGUAACUACGGUAUCCUACACUUCACAGGCGCCGGUGGAGGACACGGUCACUGUUCCUCUCACGUAGGUAACACCAUCUCUGCAACCGCAACUAUC